AUGUACGGCAUCCAAAAUAAGCCGCCAAACGACUACCCCAUCCCAAUCCAGCAGCAGAGCUCGCAGAAUAUAUGGCAGCAGCAAAUGGUGGAUAACAAGGGAAGCACCUCAGCUAGUGGCAAGCCGCUACUGAUGGCCAACAAUAAUGUCUUUUCAAUCGGACCCUACAAGAGGCGCAAGGAUGCGAAUAGGGUGUCUGUAGUUGAAAAAUACGAGAUAAUUGGUUAUAUCGCCGCCGGUACUUACGGCAAGGUUUACAAAGCUAAGAGGAAGCUUCAAAAUCCGAGUAGCUCAACAACAUCACUUGUCGGAAGUGAAGUUGCGAAUACUACCUCGAACAAUCCCAUAAGUGACCACAAUAUCCUUGACACUAACUCUAUCAAUAAAACCACUCGAGUUCAAGAUGCCUCCUCUGGCUUACCACAAGCAUCAAGCAUCGAUUUCAGUAAAUCUGAGGCCAAAUCAAGCCAUACCUUGCCUGGAGGUCAAGAACCUCAAGCAGGAGGUGUACCCGACGGGUCUAUGAUGGUUUCGUCCAAUGAUAAUUUGCCUACCUUAUUUGCAAUAAAGAAGUUCAAAACUGAAAGAGAAGGCGUUGAACAGCUCCAUUAUACAGGGAUAUCUCAAAGUGCUUGCAGAGAAAUGUCUUUGUGUCGAGAACUACGGAAUAAACAUCUCACCAGUCUUGUUGAGAUUUUCUUGGAGAACAAAAGCAUUUACAUGGUCUCUGAGUUUGCAGAACAUGAUCUCCUACAGAUCAUUCAUUUCCAUUCGCAUCCUGAAAAAAGACUAAUACCCCCAAGGAUGCUCAAGUCAAUUGUGUGGCAAAUCCUCGAUGGCGUAUCGUACUUGCACCAAAACUGGAUCCUGCAUAGGGACCUGAAGCCUGCGAAUAUCAUGGUGACAGUAGAUGGUUGCGUGAAAAUUGGGGAUUUGGGCCUCGCGAGAAAAUUCCACAACAUGGUUCAGACGCUGUACACCGGCGACAAGGUAGUCGUCACAAUCUGGUAUAGGGCCCCAGAACUUUUGCUAGGCGCCCGUCAUUAUACGCCAGCAAUCGACCUAUGGGCUGUUGGGUGCAUAUUCGCCGAACUAAUUGGGCUGCGACCAAUAUUUAAAGGCGAAGAAGCUAAGAUGGAUUCAAAGAAAAGUGUUCCAUUUCAAGCCAAUCAAUUGCAAAGAAUUUUAGAAGUCUUAGGCUCGCCAAAUGAAAAGACAUGGCCCAACAUUUUUAAAUAUUCAGAAUAUGAGCAGCUGUCAAAAUUUCCACGUUAUCGAGAUAACUUACCUGUUUGGUAUCACUCUGCAGGAGGAAGAAAUAAAGAGGCACUUGAUCUCUUGUAUCAGUUACUGCGGUAUGACCCCGUCACGAGAAUUGAUGCAGUGGAUGCGCUGGAACAUCCAUUCUUCACCAAUGAAGAUCCCACUGUUUGUGAAAAUGUUUUUGAGGGUCUCAACUAUCAAUAUCCACCAAGGCGCAUUCAUACUAACGAUAAUGAUAUUAUGAACAUCGCAAACAAUAAGGCAAAGAAUACUGCAGUCCAUGCUCAGGUGAUGGCUUCCAAUAACCCUAACAAUUCCAACCUUGGAGGAUUGGGGGUCAAUCGUAGAAUUUUGGCGGCUGCGGCGGCAGCAGCAGCAGCAGUGUCUGGAAACAACUCUUCAAUGCGCCCAGGUGCGGCGUCAAGCUCAAACGGCCCAGCGAGGAAAAAAAGAGGAUGA